AUGAAUAUUGUUGAUCCUGUUUUUGAGUAUUUUUUUAUAUUGAAAUUUCGACAUUUGGAAAAACACUUAUAUUUGAAGCAGUUCGACAAAAUUGUAUUCUCUCAUACAAUUUUCAUAAAUAGAAUGGUACGUUUCCAAACUAUAUUUUGGAUACAACUUUUAUUAAUCAGUCUAUUCUACACUCACAAACUUAUCACAUCCAUGCCAAUUGCUGAAGAAUUGAGUAUUGAAUGCACAAUUCAAUGCGGAGUUGAAGCAGACAAAUGUCAGAAAGCACAAACAACAAACCGAAAAAAUAUAGAAGUAUGUGUGCAGUUAAUGUUUGAAUGUGUCAAACACUGUACUGGACCACCACCUGUUGAAGAUUACUAUUAUUACUAA